GGGAGGGAAAGAAGAAAGGGAGGGAGGGAACCCAGCCCGCCUUGAUUGGCCUCAGCCGUGCCGCCUCCCACGAGCGCGUCGUUCAAAACUCCUCGAAAAGCGCUUUAACGUAGCAAACUUCGGUUCGAGACCAGAAAGUCGUGAGGCCAGUGCAGAAUGACAGCCGUAAUUGCGAAUAUCUUCAUCAGCUGCUGCUGGCAACACCCUGAGAAAAUAUCUGCCACCCAGAAAACCACAUACUAAAGAGUUUAUAUCUGGCACCUGACUGCAGUUCUUCUUAGCACGGACCGAGAUGCUUUGCAGAUUUUGAUAAUCAUCUGAAAGUACACCAGUGUCUCCACGUUUUGGAUGCAGUAGAAGUUGUUCCUAGGUAACAGUGGAAGAACUCUGACCGCUUUCUGAUAUUUUCCAUGAUCUGAGAAUAGCCAUUUGUUUCUCACUGGCAGCUAUACUCUGUACUGAUGAUCAUGAAUUUGUGUCAUCCCUUACAUCUUGCAAGAUCUGGAUCAGAAAGGCCACCAGCAGGAGACAGUCUUUAACGUCUUUGCUCCGUGACGCUUCAGAAAUGCAGAGGUCCGGCUUCGCAGGGGGUGCUGGAAGCCAGCGGCGGAUGGACCGCGUCUCCGCUUACUUGUCGCAGUGCAAAUCCGGCGGACCAAGGGAAAUGCCCCAAGAGAUCUGCGCCCUGGGGCGCCGGGGUCCCCUUGCCAGAGAGAGACACUGGGCAGGAAGGAAUGAACUGAUGAGAUGCUUCUCUCAAAUCUUGCCCCAAGCAAAGUGUUUCAAAAGUCAGCUAAAUCACGAAGUUGAUGACUCCGAGGAGAUAUCAGCCUCUGUCCUCCGCUGAGAAGGCACAAGCGGGAAUACUGCUUGAAGCUUCCUGAGCAAUUUGCAUCUGGCUUACCAGCAAGACACUGCAUCAGUAUGUCCAGCUAAGACAUGUAAGAACUACGUGUUUGAAGCAGAAAUGUCUCUGAGACCACUAAUGACCAUCUGCUGGGUGCCUCGUCAGGAUGGAUCGUCAGGAGCAAAUCCAGUUUGCUGCAUUUCCACACCCAGCCCGGUACCCGCAACAGCUCAUCGCUGGAGUGCAACCCAUGUGCUCCACUUGGUUCUUCUCUCUGUGCUCUCAAACGGGAUGUACAUAGAAGCUUAUCAGAGUGCUUUUGCAGGCUCCGCCAGCUACCCAAGCGCUGUACUGUCCGCUCGUUUAUCCUCAGCAUCUCUGCGCCUGCUGGCAUCGUGCUUCCAAGGGCCACGGUCCAAAAGGUGCCUGCCUCAUCUGCACGUUAUAAAUAGCACGGCAGCUCCCGGCGCGGCCUCGCUGAGCGCCCCGGCGGCCACCGCCCGUGCCCGGGCCAGCACGUCCGAGGCCACCCGGGUCACGCCGAGGCACUGCCGGCCAGUGCCCUGCCAGGCUCGGCCCCGGCGCCGCGACCCGCGGGGAGCAGCACGGCGGGGCCGGGCCGGGCAGCGCAGCCCCCUCCGGGGCGCGGGUGCUGGUGUGAGGGGGCCGGGGCCGAGACCCCCGCGCCGUUCUUGGCUCCGCCGCAGAGCCCAGAGGGGCCGCGGGACGGCCUCCCCCGCGGCGGCAUGUCCCGCACACCGCGGACAAAACGUGAACGGGACACAUUCUGGAAGCGCAAGCCCCGAUUCUCCAGGCCGAGCUGGCGGGGCCGGCGUUAUCUCGCCGCCGGCAUCCAUUUCCGCGGAGCCUCGGCGGGGGCGAUGCCCAGCCCCGGCAGCUCCUCGCGGGAGCGGCGAGCUGCAGCCCCGCUCAGACACCCGAGUCUCCCCGGGCGUGCAGAGCGCUCGGACCCGCCGCGAGUGUCUUUUGUAAGGGGAACGUGCCCCGCACUCGCUGCCUCCCGGGCGGGCACCGCACAGGGGGAGGCUGCUGGGAGACAAAGCCCCGCUCGGGCGGGGCACGGACCUCCCCCCCCGGGCCCUCCCCGCCCGCGGGGGGCUGCGAAGGGAGAUCGCGGCGCUGGCAGCGGCGUCCCAGCACGGCG